UUCACCGAUCGUCAGCGAAAAAGCGCGCCCGAGAAGGUGUUGUGAUAAUUUAUUAAAUAAAAGUGUGAUCGAAAGUGGCUCCAUUGGCAGGCCAAGAUUAAGAUAUCGGAGCGCGAGCGUGAUUUUAAUAUUCCGACUAGUUAUGGAACUGUCCGCGCGCCGCGGGACGCUGCCCCUCAUUCGGGCCGUGAAGAACCACGAAGCUUCUUCCACACACAUUUCUUUCACGACUUGAGCUAACCACGCACCAAAGGCAUUCGAAGAGGCCGCUCGACCCGUCUGCCGUGUCUGUCAUAUCUUGACCCUUCGUGUAUUCGACAAUCAACAAUCAGUUUUAAUCAAACAAACACGUUUGCAUUUUUUUCCAAUGUAAAUUAAAUCGGUUAUAAACGCCUACGAAUAAAUUAAAUAAAAUCCUGAUUUAAUUUUCAACAUUUUAUGCACCAAUCCGACAAUAUUUCAAAACAUUUUCCCAUCAUAGAUGACUUCAUUUGCGUAGCCCCAGGGACCUGCGUAACUAACACUACAGGUGGAAACGUCAUCGAUCCAAGAAUUGUAACUCCGGCGGACACACCACCAGUGACACCUCCACCCGCAGGCUGCCCUAAUGGCACUGUUGCUUGUUUUGGUUUAAUCGGGAGUGGAAAUUGCGGCAGGAGAUAUGUGACUAAUGUAACAACAGCUGAUGGCCCUAGCACCAAUGGAGCCUAUCCUUGGCAAGCAUUCAUCAGAAAUCAAACAGCAUAUACCGGAAGUGGAGUACUUCUAGAUGCGUACCAUGUUUUGACAGCCGCUCAUAAGGUCAACACCAAUCAGGCAACACCAGGUAAUCUUCAAGUUUACAUGGGUGUCUUCAAUCCCACUUCAUUAUCAACAGCCCAGCAACGUACAGUUGUAUCAAUGCGCAUUCACCCCAAUUUCUCCUCUACAACCCUACGCAACGACAUCGCAGUCCUCCGUCUGAAUCAACCAAUCCUGGGAUACCAAGUCAAUGUAGGCACCGCUUGUGUACCUACAGCAGGAACCAGUUAUGUUGGCCGUAACUGCACAGUCUCUGGAUGGGGUCAGACUGGAUUCAACGUAAACGAUUCCCCCACCAGCCCCCAAAAACAAGUCACCGUUUCCAUCGUCGAUUAUACAACCUGCCGCACAUCCAUGGCUCAACCAACCGUCUUGGGGACAAACGUAGAUGUUUUCUUAGAUCAGAAUGAGUUAUGUGCAGGUGGCCAAGCCAACCGUGAUGCAUGUACGCAGGAUGGUGGAGCACCACUCGUCUGUGACGUUAAUGGUACCUACAUGGUGGCAGGGUUAGUUAUAUGGGGUAAAAACUGUGGUCAACCAGGUGUUUAUGGUGUAUAUGUCGACGUUGCUAAAUAUAGGCCAUGGAUUGAUUCGACAAUUGCUUCUUUUGGCUAAUAUCAAAUCGAAAAUCUUCGAAAAUUCUUAGAAAUUGUACACCGGAUGUUAUUUAUUAACUUUUUACAUUGUGUUGAACAUAAGAAAUAAAUCAC